UCAUUCCAGUUGCGUAUCCUGCUGGUGACACAGCAGCGGACUGAAUCUUCCAACUUCUUCUUUCGUACCUGACUACCAAGCACCACCGAUCCACCGAGGAUGAGACUACGGCUUAGCGUUCUGCUCCUUCUGCUUCACCUUGGCUGUUUAACUGUGACAUGGGCCAGCAGCAGGCACUCCUGUGGCACUGACAUCUGCAAUGAUGGCCGCUGGGAUGGCCAUCAACGUCAGGACGACUAUGAUGAGCACAUGGUUUACAGACAAGGCGCGGCGGAGAGUCAGAGGAGAGUCCACGUUGAGUCAGUGGCGCGCGAUGAUCGUGGCAACGAAAGGCGCGAGGAAACAAGGGUUCGUUUGGACUCAUCCCUGCGCCUGGAGGCGCGCGAAGAUCGUGAUGAGCGACGUGAAGCUCGGGAAGAGCGGGAGCAGCCUCGUGAAACCCGUGAAGUUCGAGUCGACAGGCGUGCAGCUCGGGAAGAUAAACUACUGGAGGUUCGCGAAGCUCGUGAUGAGCGACGUGAAGCCCGGGAAGAGCGGGUGCAGCCUCGAGAAACCCGUGAAGUUCGAGUGGACCGACGUGAAACUCGUGAAGAUCGAGUAGACCGACGUGAGUCCCGUGAAGAUCGAGAGGACCGACGUGAAUCCCGUGAAGAUCGAGUGGAGGGUCGUGAAGCUCGCGUCGGACGCGUUGAGCAACGCGAUGCUCGUGACAAUCAAGUUGAGCACCGUCAAAUUCGUGAGAACCGAGAGCAGCGACGUGAAACUCGAGAACAACGAGUUGAGCGACGCGACGUCCGCGAGGAACGUGUGGAGCGACGUGAUGCUGACGAAGAGCAACGAGACACUCGUGAGGUUCGCAAUCAGCCUCGUGAGGCACGUGAGAAACUGGUGGAGCGACGUGAGGAGCGCGAAUCGGACAGGCGUGACUACGAAACUCGACGAGUAGCAGGGAACGACAGACGACUCGAACGCCGAGUAGAACGUGAAAUGUCCAGACGCGAGGAACGCGUUAAUCGCCGUGACGAAGGAGCUAGGCUAGACAGGCAAUUGUCCCGACGCAUGGAGCGCGAACAACAAGAGCGAGACCCUGAGCGACGAAACGAACGGGAGAAUUUUCGACGAGCAGAAGACCGGCGUGUUGAACGACGCGAACAGCGAGAGAACCGAGUACGAUUUGUUUUGGAUGACAACUCUCGACGAAGCGAAGACCGCAAGGAAGAGCGUGACAAUAAACGCAGGGUACAGCGACGGGAAGAGCGAGACUCAGCUGAGCGUGUAAAGCAAGAGGAAGACCUCGACAGGAUCAACCAGCGCCGAGAGGACAAUGAAGUCGUUCGCCGUGCAGAACAAGAAUCCUUCCGUCGAUUCGACUUGCAAAGAGUGCCGGCAGACGGUAUUAGCGUCGAGGAACGAAGGGUGGAGAGCAAUAUUAAUCGUAGAGAAGACCGUGAAGCUGAGCGCAGGGAGGAACGCGCAACCGAACGCAGGAUGGAGCGCGCCGAAGGAGAAGUGCGGCCGGAAGAACGAGUUGAGCGAAGAGAAGUUCAACGGCGAGUAACUGGAGACGAUUUCCGAACUAGCGAGCGGCGUGAGGAGCGAGAGGACACACGUCGAGUGGAGCGCGAUGGUCUGCGAAGAGAACGAGAAGUUGAACGAGUCGAAGAGCGUCGGGAGGAGAGCGAUGGUAUGCGAAGAGAGGAACGAGAAGUUGAACGAGCCGAGGAGCGCCGAGUGAUGCGCGAUGGUAUGCGAAGAGAGGAACGAGACGAGGAGCGCCGAGUGGAGAGCGUCGAUAUCCGAAGAGAUAAUCUUCGCAGGGAAGAACGAGAAAAUCAAAGGGAAGAUCGUCGCCGAGAAGUACAGCGCCGCGAGGAACGGGUAGACCGUGAACGUGUUGAACGCCAGCUUUCCAGACGAGAGAUUCGUGAGCCAUUGGAAGAGCGUGUACUGCUUACCACCCAAGUGAAAGCCAAAGGCUGGUUGAGCUAUGGCAAACGGGAACUGCUGAUGACCGGGCAGAUCCUCCUCCUGGCCGCUCUCUACAAGAAGUCCACGGCCGGCGGCAAGGGCUUUGGCCAUGCGCUGAGUGAGCAGAUCCAGGGCUACUUGCAGGCCAUUGGAUGCUAGGAUGCACAAAGGAAAUCGACGGCCCUCCCCAAAUGAGCAAACGGAUAUGGAUCAAGGAAAACAGCAUUACUACCCACAGAAAAUGCAAACGGACCCGACAGCGAGCUACGAGCAGAGGGAUGGGAUGGGAUACUCCGCCGGAGCAUUGUACAAUUUAAUCCAACUGUUACUGUAACCAACAAACCUUUCCCCUUUCCUGUUGUAGCCAACAAAAGCAUAACGAAAAUAUAUGAUGGGAUGCUCGAGUAGCCGAGCAUCUGCAAACUGCAUUGCAA